UUUUGCGUAUCUACAAGUAGGUAUUAGAAGAAUUAAAGCAUCUUAUUCUCCUUUUUGCUAUUAUUUCAACGUUAUAUGCAGUGGGAGUUGUGAAUUUAAAGUUACUGUCAAAUAACAGCGUUAUACGGGGUGUACCAAACUGUUUGAAAUUCCAUGGACGAGAAGUGCCUAUAUUUUACCGAAGAUCCUUCAAAACAAUCGGACAAUGAGCUUCUUACAUUGAGCCCGCUAAAGAAUUCGUCGACCUAAAACCCUGAGGCAGCCCAACAAGGUCAAGAUAUGGGGGAUCCAAGGCAACAACGGAAAAGAAUUUGCUUCUCGCCCCGUUUUUAAAGAAAUUCUAAAAUGCAUCUAUAGCAAUGGAACAUCUAUGGCGUCGUUGUAGGAAAAUUUAACAACGCCGUAUUUGGUGUGAAAAUAGUGACUUCGCCUCGCCGGAAAGUGAGUUGAUUUAUCGAUUCCUAGGGAUUCUUAUUUCGCUACAGAUAAGGGUCCUUCUAAUUGCGGAAUUGGAUUAAUAACAUUCAGUCGACGCUGUUUAAUCAAUUAGUUGCAUAAUGCGGAAAUGCACAAUAAUUAUACGAAAACAAUAUUAUUCCAAUCAAAUCUAAUCACUAUUAAAACAAAUCGUGACAAUUAUUAACAAGGAAAGUAUCUGAAGGGCUAUUAAAAUUACCUAAGGAUAAUAAUAAUCUUUAGUCUGGCAAAAAGUGAAGUUACUUUCUUUGGAUGGUAUAUAAAGCGAAAUUUCCUCGGUGGUAAGUCAGUUGUGAGUUACAAUGAGUUCCUUGCUUGUGAUGAUUUUGGCGAUUUGUGGUGUGCGAGCUGAGGUCUUCUACAACGGUUACAACGGGCUGUCGGCAGCUGAGAUAGCGGCCGCGGUUUCAGCAGCGAAGGACGCCUCGGCUAAUGUACAUUCGGCCCAGCACCGCGUACAUCUGGCCAAAGAGGAGGUGCUGGCUCGACAAAAGAUUGCCAGCGAGAAACAAGCUGCAGCAGCACUCGCUGUACAGCAUACGGAGGUGGCCGUAGCCGUGCAGAGGCAGCGUGCUAACGCUGCAGCAAACGCUCUUGUUUUAGCUCAGCAGCGUUUGGCACAUGCUAAGGCAGUUGUGGCGGAACAUCAGCGUAUCGCAUCCGAGAAGGAGGCGGCUGCAGCAGCCGCCAUUCAUCAUGCUGCCAACAUUGCCGCCUACCAGAUUAAGAAGAAUGAGAACACCAAUGCUAAAAUCGCCGCGCUGAACUCUGUUGCAACAAACGCUUUCAACCACAUCGCCACAGCAAAGGAUACCACACUAGCCGCAACUUCCGCUGCCAUUCAAGCAAAUGUCGAUCCUUGGCAUUUGUCACAGAAUGUAGUUCAUUUACCCCUUUGGGGUUAACUAACUUAAUACCAAAUUGUGGUUUAUGGGUUUCUAAAUAAAACUUUAUUUUAUUC